AUGAUCGAUCUCUCCAUGGCCGCCUUCAACCCGCCAAGCGCCCUCGAUCUCGUCCUCUUCCACAGACAAGAACGCGACUUCUUCAUCCGUCUCGUCCAUCGCCUCGGCCAACCCCGACUCGCCAUGCAUUGGGUCAUGUCCCUCUGGUUCUGGUUCGAGUCCAUUGGCCACCACGACUUCAUCCGCCACGUCUCCUCAUCUCCCGACCAUGUCGUCCUCCGCUUCCUCGCCGAAGCCUACGCCUGCCUCCACCGCCUCAUCUUCAACACUCCAUCAGAUCAAGAGGAAGAUGAACAGCUUCCACUCACCAAUACCCAUCUCCUCGCCGACCCAAUCGGGCUUAGCUUCUUCGAUCAUCACCGCCACGUUGCUCUCAAAGGCGUCGUUUAUUUCCUCAGGAACGUUUCGGAAAUCAUAUUUGAUGAUCAUAUUAUGGAGACAGCCACUCGACAGGUUCUGUCUAGUGACCGGCUUCAUAUUUCGCGGCCUUCUGUUCUGCAAAGCGUGUGGGAGGAGCCUUCGCAUCAGUUGUUGCAGAAGCACUCUUGCUCAUCUUCAGCGUUAAUGUUGAAUCCGAUCGCGAGGCCGUGGUCGCCGGAGACCGAACAGUCGCCGGAGGAGCAGAGGUCUAUGUUCAUCACUUUCUCGAGGGGGUAUCCGCUAACUCGGGACGAAAUCAAGGACUUUUUUAACAUGAAGUUUGGGUGGCCGUGUGUGGAGAUGGUGAUGAUAGAGAGGGCACCAAUGGGGAUGGCGCCAAUGUAUGGACGAGUGGUGUUCACGGACGCAUCAAUGAUAGUGGCGGUGCUCAAUGGACAAAAAACAGCCAAAUUUAUGAUUAAAGGGAGACAUCUUUGGGCACGCAUGUAUGUGCCACGCCAUUCAACUAAGUAA